AUGCAAAGCAAUUCAACUCAGGAGUGGAAAAUAUUGAAGGAUGACAAAGAAGCUCACAAGAAGCCAGCAGAGGAUGAUAAUGCCAAGAGCAAGGAAGAAAGAGAGCUCAAGGAUCAACAAUUUCCAAAGUUCCUAGAGGUGUUUAAGAAGCUGGAAAUUAACAUUCCCCUUGCUGAAGCUCUAGAACAGAUUCCCCUUUAUGCUAAGUUCCUUAAAGAGCUUAUCAACAAGCAGAGAAGCUGGAAUGAAAAGGAGACUGUAAUCUUGACACAAGAAUGCAGUGCAUUGAUUCAAAAAGAGCUCCCACCAAAACUCAAAGAUCCUGGGGGUUUCAUCAUAUCAUGCAGCAUAGGCAAUAUGACUUUGGAAAAAGCUCUCUGUGAUCUAGGUGCCAGCAUCAAUUUAAUGCCACUUUCACUGAUGAAAAAGAUGGCAAUAGAUAAAGUCAAACCCAUCAGAAUGUCACUUCAAAUGACCGAUAGAUCACUCAAGAUACCUAAUGGUGUUGUGGAGAAUUUGUUAGUGAAACUAGGAAAAUUCAUAUUCCCUGUUGACUUUGUCAUUUUGGACAUGGAGGAAGAAGGACAUAACUCAAUCAUCUUGGGGAGACUCUUUUUAGCCACAGUAAGAGCUAUAAAUGAUGUGGAGAAAGGAGAAAUGACCCUCAGGGUGCAUGAUGAAAAAAUGAUCAUCAAGGUCUUUAAAGUCAUGCAAUACCCCCUAAGAAAGAGAAGCAUAUGA